AUGACUUCAAUUCAUCCAGCUCAAGCUCCAGUGCCCUUCGAUGAGCUUCUCAUCAAGCUGAAAUCGUUUCAGGCACCUCUGUUCGCACCAGACAAGAUACAAGAUCCUGGACUUAGUGAUAGUAUCGCCUCACUAUAUCUGCAUCCCGCAAUCGAAGCCUUACUGCACAUUUUGAACCAUGAUCUGCCAUCGGCUCAUUUCUUGGUUCGCCACAUGCAGUCCCCGCCGGCUUACGAAGGAAUGUACGUCCAUGGCAUUUUGCAUCGUAUCGAAGGCGACUUCAACAAUGCCCGAGCCUGGUAUUCCGAUGUUGGCGAGUGGGAAGGUUUUUCGAGGUUCUGGGGUUCCGAGGAUGCUGCUGGAGAGGAAGAUGGGCAGAAGUUGCCAAGACAGACGAGUGCGAGAGAAUUUCUCGAUCGGGUCGAACGAUGCGCGAAAAGUGGCGGUAGGGAGGAAGAUAUGGAGUCUCUGAGAUCGAAGAGUCGUGCUGAACUCGAGAAUUUGCUUGAUUGGUGUCUGGAACGCUUCGGGACGGAUAUGCACAAAGAUGCAACGAAGGUUUGGGUGCAGCCGAGUGAGGAGAUUUCGAAGAUUGGAGAGGAACAAGUCAGUGGGUCCGGAGGUCCUAGGAAGUUCUGA